UACCUCAUAAAAAGACAUAUCAUUCACAUAUUAAUUUCCAUCAUCCCUCUUGCCUACUUUCUCUACUCUUCCCUGUCUGUAGACCAAGACCUGGGUGGGGGACUCAUUAGUCCCUCCAGCAUUUGUUGACAGCUCAGGAGGUGAAAGAAUCCUGAGUGUGUUUGAAGGAGGAGGUCAUGAACUCCUCCAGGCCUCUGUAGAAAGGCUCUGCCUGCCCUUUGGACCCGCGGCUGAUAUAAGGGCAGUCAGUCCUUGUCAGGAGGAUCAUAAAUCAAGUGGUGGGAUUUUCACUCAAAGUUUAGUCUCGCAUGGUGCACGUUUGUAACUGGAGUGUACAAUCAUGUCACGGAAGUCUUGGAUUGAGGAAACCUUUUUCAAGAGAGAGUGUGUGAAGUUUAUCCCUUCAUCUCGGGACCUACAUAGAUGCAAUCCAGUAUGUCAAGUAUGCCAAAACUUGAUCAGAUGUUGUUGUGGCCGCCUGAUGGGGGAGCACUCUUGGCAAGAGUCCCUUCCCCCCAUAUCUCUGUAUCCUGGUCCUGGACAGGACCUGGAAGAGGACUGGUCCAUAGAGCUCCACACCAAAGCCAGUCCCACCAAUGCCUAUGGGACCGUAGACUUCCAGGACACUGCCACACGUGUCUGCCGGGCAAAGUAUGUUCGUGUGGCUGUGGACUCAAAAGCAGAGUUGCUGUUCCAGCUGAUGCUGAGGGAGUGGCAGAUGGAGAGACCCAAGCUGCUGCUGACUGUCCAGGGCGGCUCAGAAAACUUCACCCUGCCCCUUAAAGUGAAGCAGGCCUUCAGUAAAGGGCUGAUCACUGCUGCUGUCAGCACCGGGGCAUGGAUACUCACUGAUGGCAUUAAUACAGGUGUGUCUAAGUAUGUGGGCGAGGCAGUGAAAACAUUUGGGAGCCACAACCUGAGAAAGAGAAACACAGUCGGCAUCACGCCAUGGGGAGACAUUGAAAACAACACGGACCUUAUUGGCAGAGAUGUUUUCAGGCCCUACCAGCCGCUGGGGAAUCCUUUGAGCAAGAGGGCCUGUCUUAACGGUUUCCACUCCCACUUUCUCUUGGUGGAUGAUGGAACGCUGGGAAAACAUGGCUGCCAACAAGGCCUCAGGAGGAAACUUGAGAAACACAUCCAGCUACAUAAGAUACACCCUCGACUGAACCAAGGAGUGCCUGUUGUGUGUGUGGUGGUGGAGGGAGGCCCUGCCAUUGUGUCCACAGUGUUGGACUAUGUUAGCAAUGUGCCCCCCGUGCCAGUGUUUGUGUUCGAGGGGUCGGGCCGGGCUGCUGACCUCCUCGCCUUUUUACAUAAGCAGACUGCUGCUGACAGGCAGUUGGAUGCUGACAUUAAAGAGGACUUCCUUGUCAGGAUUGGAGAUGUGUUUGGAGUAGAGAUAGCAGAAGCCGCUGAGCUCUACGGCCUCCUCCUGCAGUGUAUGGAUCACAGACAGUCUAUAACCAUCUUUGACUCCGAGUCAGAGGACCAAACGGCGCCUGAUGCAGCCAUUUUGACAACUAGUCUCAAGGGUACUAAGGCCAGUCCUGCAGAGCAGCUGAGUAUGGCCUUAGCCUGGGACAGGGCUGACAUUGCACAGAAAGAUGUGCUGUUCUACGGACAGCAUUGGCAGGUGGGUUCCUUGGAGCAGGCGAUGCUGGAUGCUCUGGUGAUGGACCGGGUCAGUUUUGUCAAACUGCUGAUUGACAACGGUAUGACCAUGAGCCGCUUUCUCACUAUUGAUCGCCUCGAGGAGCUCUAUAACACGCCACAUGGGCAAACAGACCGUUUCCUGCACCACCUUGUUGAAGAUGCAAAACAGACUUCUCUUCCCAUAGGUUACCGUCUCUCUCUCAUUGACAUGGGUCUGGUGAUAGAGUACCUCAUAGGAGGAGCGUACCGCAGCACCUACACACGGAAACACUUCAGAGCUGCCUACAGCCGCCUGCAGGACAAAGAGGGUCGAAGGGACAGUUCCACCUCCUUGUCUAAACAGAGACGGGGAUUAAUACUAACUUCUACAAGGGGGAGGAGUCUCCAGGACCAGCAUUUCUUCAGAACUGCUCAGCCCUACAAACCCAAGGAGCAAGAUGCGUCACCUGGGACCAGUCAAGUGAUCACGACGAGCUCUGGCCUUGGCGCUGCUCCGCUGCUGGUUCCCUUCAACUUCAACGACCUCUUCGUGUGGGCUGUGCUUCAACAGCGUCAGCAGAUGGCGCUGUUCCUGUGGCAGCACGGCGAGGAGGCGCUGGCACGUGCUACAGUGGCCUGUAAGCUUUACCGCUCCAUGGCCUUCGAGGCACGGCAGAGCAGUAUCGACGACAACAUUUCAGAGCGAUUCAAGACAUAUUCUCUUGAGUUUGGUCAGCUGGCGGUGGACGUGUUAGACGGUGCAUUUCGUCAGAAUGAGCAGAUGGCCAUGAAGCUGUUGACUUCAGAGAUGGAGGCAUGGAGCCACUUCACCUGUCUGCAGAUGGCUGUCUCCUCGUGUCAUAGACCAUUCGUCUCACACUCCUGCACUCAGACCCUCCUCACAGACCUCUGGACAGGUCCGCUCAACAUGAGAAAAAACUCCUUUGUGAAGAUAAUUUUGAGCCUUCUUCUGCCCCCUGCCAUCUUGCUACUGGAGUUUAAAAGCAAAGCUGAAAUGUGCCAUGUACCACAGUCCCAUGAGGCAAUGCUGUUUGGACUGGAGUCUGUGAAGUCAUCACCAGCCCACGAGAGAACAGAUCACACGGGCAGUCAGGAUGCAGAGCGAGGCCUGUCGUUCCGUGACAAAUGUUUGGGUCCCGUGUCAGAAACUGUGUCCUCUAUCACCGUGCAGUGUUUGUCCUGGAUCACAAAACUCUAUGAAUUCUACACAGCUCCUGUUGUAAAGUUCUGGUUUCACACAAUUUCCUACUUGGCCUUUCUGAUGUUAUUCUCCUACGUUGUUCUGGUGAAGAUGGAGGAUCAACCCAGUGUUCAGGAGUGGCUGGUCAUCGCAUACAUCUUGUCCACUGCAGUGGAGAAAACAAGAGAGGUUCUGAUGUCUGAGCCGAGGAAGCUGAGCCAGAAGUUAAAGAUUUGGUUCUCAGAGUACUGGAACGUAUCAGACUUCAUUGCCAUCCUCCUCUUCCUGGCUGGAUUUGUACUACGUUGGCAUGCUCAUCCCUACCGGAUGGCAGGACGCAUCAGUUACUGUCUGGACAUCAUCUUCUGGUUCGUCAGGGUGAUGGAUCUGCUGGCUGUCAAUCAGCAUGCUGGCCCUUACCUCACCAUGAUCACCAAGAUGACCAGCAACAUGUUCUUCAUAGUGGUGAUGAUGGCUAUAGUGCUGCUGAGCUUCGGGGUGUCCAGGAAGGCCAUCCUGUCGCCAAAUGAGGAGCCGUCCUGGAGCCUAGCUCGAGACAUAGUCUUCCAGCCAUACUGGAUGAUCUACGGAGAGGUCUACGCAGGAGAGAUUGAUCCAUGUGAUGACGGUCAUCCGUGUCCUCCUGCUUCUUUCCUCACGGCCUUCCUCCAGGCUGUCUAUAUGUUCUUCCAGUAUAUCAUCAUGGUCAACAUCCUCAUUGCAUUUUUUAACAACAUUUACUUCGACAUGGCAUCAACGUCUAACAAGCUGUGGAAGUACAACCGUUAUCGCUACAUAAUGACCUAUCAGGAGAGGCCUUGGCUGCCUCCGCCUGCUAUCAUCCUCAGUCACAUGACCUUAGGCUUGAGAGCCAUCUACAAGAGAUUUAGUGGAGAUGCAGAGCGGGAAGAGAGAGGGACUGGACUUAAGCUCUACCUGGGCCACGAGGAUCGCAAGAAGCUCCACGAGUUUGAGGAGAAAUGUGUAGAGGCCUACUUCCAUGACAAGAGUGAAGGUUUCCACAGCAGCCAAACGAACAGGAUCAGAGCCACAGCUGAGAGAGCCGAGGAGAUGUGCAUGAUGGUGGGGGAGGUCUCUGAGAAGGUCAUCUUCAUUCAGGACAGCUUGUCGGAGCUGGACUGUCAGCUGGGUCAGCUCCAGGACCUGUCUGCGCUGGCCGUGGACACCCUCACUCUGCUCUCUGCUUCUGACAGCCUCCACCAGAAGGAGGCACGCCUGGCUCAAUGUCGACCCAUCACAGCGUCCCGGCACAUCCUGCCUCACAGCUGGACCCUCCUGCACAGAAGUGGAGCAGACUGUGAUGUACUUAAUAUGCGGCGAGUGAUGCCCAAGUCGUGUAAAAGUACCCCGCCUUCAUUGCUGAAGGGCCAUACGAGUAAAUGGGCAUCCCAAGAGUGCAGUGUUGGACCUCGGGGGAGCAGGGGAGGAAGACAAGGACACAGUGAGGAGGACGAGGAAGGAGCAGAGGAGUCUGCUACUUUUGACCAUCAUGCUUCCUUCUCUCACAUUCCUGGUAUCGGAGGUCAGGUCGGUGGUUUUAGGGACCAGACACCCUGUGAGUCCUGCCAACCAUCCCGCUGUGAGUCUCCUCUUUCUCCCAGAGGCUUGGAGUCACCUUAUCAUAAACUCUGGACAUGUGACCCAUACCUGUAUCCCAAUCAGGAAGAAACUUCCAUGGAAGAGAGAGAAGAAGAGGAAGAGGAGGAAAGGGCACAUGAACAACUAUCUAAUAUACGGGUGUCCAGAGCCUCCAGCAAUGCUUUCCUUCUGUCUGAACCUCGAGACGUCUCAGAGGGUUUGGUGAAUCCUGCCUUUUCUCAGGACAAUAGCCGACCAAGUUCUCGCUCCAGACCUGCCAGCCACUGGGGACGACCUCUGAAACCGCCCAGGGGGGCGUGUUUGUCAAGAGACCGACCCUACGGCUACUGCAGGUCUCUGUCAUCCAGCGUGGAGAAUAUGACUUUCUCUGGGACACCUUGUAGUCUGAUGAGGGGAUCAUUUCCUUCUCUUAACGAACCUAUGAACAAAGAGGGUUUGUCUGAUGAGAGGAGUUUUAAGGACGACACAUCACUACGGUGCAGCAGGAACAGAGAGUGGUCCAAAUCCUCUGACUUCACUCAGUCCUUGGACAGCAGAGGCAAAAACCAGAACAGGAAGAUGGUGAAGAUAAAAGAGAGCAGUCCAGAUACUGUAACCACGCAGUCCCAUUUGUCUGACGCCUGCUGGAGAAGGUGCCGGAAGUUGAGAGGAGAACCUACAUGUUGGUCGGCUUCAACCAGCCUCAGUCAGCUCAAUUUUGAACCACUGGAUUUGUUGCAGAAGCAAGUGUUCUCCUAUCAGGAUGCGAGGAGUCCCAAUCACUCAGCAUGGAACAGCUGGGCCAGACCCAUGAGCGUCAGGUCUUCUUUUCAGAGUGGGAUUGCCCCUGAAGUGAAGAGCUCCUCCUUCCAGUCCACUGAAAAUUUGUAUCCUCACUAUUCAGCUAUGGAGAGAAACAAUCUGAUGAGACUGGCUCACACCAUUCCCUUCACUCCUGUCUCCAUUAUGGGAGGUGAAGAGGUGAGCAUCUACUCUCUGGAGGAAGUGCCCUCCAAUGCUGACCCUGAAUCCAGCACAGUCUCCUCCUGGUCGUCACGUGGCCUGUCUGCGAUGCUGCAGCCCCUCUCUAGUGAAGAGGGCUCUCUGGAUGGGGGUCUCCGGCGGGGCUGCAGGGUGCUGUGUACCUGGGCAGAGCGGGACGUGCUCAGGCCUGGUCUGGUGUAUGUGGUCAAAGCCUUCCGGUCGGAGGUGGUUCGUGCCUGGCAGAGGUACUUCCAUGGCAGCACGGCACUGCAGCUUUGUUUAAGAGAGAUCCAGCAGCAGAGAGCAGCCCAGAAGAUGAUGCAAGUGUUCAACGAAGUCAAACCUGAUGAUAUGCACCACUCACCAAGGUUUCUUGAUGUAGCGCUGGUCCUCUGGCAUUCGAACAGCCAGUGGCUGACUAUUGAGAGGAACAUGUCCGGUGACUUCAGGAAGUACAACAACAACACUGGAGAAGAGAUCAGCCCCUGCUGUUCACUGGAAGAAAUGCUGCUGGCUUUCUCCCACUGGACAUAUGAAUACUCAUGCAGAGAGCUUCUGGUGCUCGAUAUACAAGGAGUAGGAGAGGAGCUGACCGAUCCAACAGUCAUUAUGGCUGACGAUCAAAGUGGUAGCAGGGGUGAGAUGCUUUUUGGUCCAGAUAACCUUGGAGAUGCUGCAAUCAGCGGUUUCCUGCAAAAACACUCCUGUGGUGCCUGCUGUCACAGACUGGGCCUGGCAGAUUUAAGGACGUAUUCGGACAGCUGUGAGAACAGCAGCGAGGCAGAGCCAACAGAGGGGAGAGAACAAGAAGACGAUGAAACAAGGAUGUAACCUUUGACCCAGCAAGUAGGGAAAUUAAGACACAUGCACUUUUACCAAGACAUGUACCUGAACACACACUCAUAUGGUUUGUUCAUAAAACACUGUGGAAACUUAUCAACAGCAGUCUGUGACAGGACACGAGAGAUUUAAUUGCUGUUAUUUGUACAAAGGAUGCUAAUAUAUUAUUUUAGUAUAUUAAGUAAAUACUGUCAGGAGUGUUGCAGAUUAUUCUCAUGAAAAGGGUUUAUCAUCAUUUAGCUGUAUCUCAUAAAUCAUAAGAGGAAAUAUAGUUGUACUGAUUUUUCAAGACUUCACAAAAGUCUAAACUAUUAUAUUUUUGUAUACUUUGUCUAGAAAUAUUUUGAUAUUGAUAUAAUGAUAAUUGUGUUAUAAUUAACAUACACUAAUACAUUAUGGAUUCAUUUAACAAGAAUAAAAUUGCCCCAUGUUUGGUUAAAAUAAAAACAUUUUAAAAAAUCUAACAUUGUGUAUCUGUGAGACAGAAAAACGAGACAGAAAUGCACCCAUAAAAUUUAUUUUAUUUUUUUUUCUUCCCACAACAAAAUGUCUACAAAAGCGAUAAAAUAUAGAAUUUAACAAAAAUCACUUCAGACCUUCACAUUGUAUAUACAUCUCAAAGGAGGACUCAGUUCGGGCCCUGCAUAGCUCUGAAC